CAAUGGUCAAGCGCAGUGAUGCUGCGUAAUGUCGGAAUUUUUCCGACUGCUUCUGUCAGAAUCACAAAAAGUCGUUGGUACUAGACUCACGAGUCCAGACGGUGGAAGAGAACGAUUUUUUUUCAUUCGACAUGUUGAACACCAGGAAGUGUCAGAACUUUCACGAAUCCUGAGGACGCGUCUUUGGCUGUAUCAUUCACGAGGAGCUCUUAUCGAUGGGCUACCGUAGAUGAUGUGCAGCAGUAUCUACGCAGAAGGGAUGGAGAAUCCCUCGGGUGCAACAAUGAUGAAUCAUCAGCAGUAGUGAUAAUAAGUUAGACAAUUUUUCUACAACAAGGCCUAUAAAUAUGCUGGAGGUUGGCCUUCGAGUCGUCCGAGGAGUCGAUUGGAAAUGGUCGGACCAAGACGGAGGCGAGGGCCAUGCGGGUACAGUUGUGGAAAUCGGUAAACCAGCCAACGCUGGACCUCCACCCGCCAAUGCGAAUCACGCCGAGAAAACUCCUGACAAGACUGUCAUCGUACAAUGGGACCAUGGAUCUAGAAGCAAUUAUCGCAUUGGUUAUCAAGAUGCCUACGACUUGAUGGUCUUUGAUAAUGCCGCGGCAGGAGCCAAGCAUUCGAAUAUUAUUUGUGACGGUUGUAAAACGCAUGGCAUUAUUGGCAUAAGGUGGAAGUGUUCACAGUGCUUUGAUUAUGAUUUGUGUACACAAUGUUACAUGUCAGAUGUGCAUGACUUAAGCCAUGUCUUUCAAAGGUUUUUAACAGUCAAUUCUGUAGGGGUACAAUUGACAACUAGGAAAAAUUGCACCAAAAUACCACUGAAAGGUAUUUUUAUUGGAGCCAAAGUGAUUAGAGGUCCUGACUGGGAGUGGGGCAAUCAGGAUGGUGGCAGAGGUAAAACAGGUAGAGUUAUAGACAUAAGAGGCUGGGACAAUGAGAGCAGUAGAUCAGUGGCAACUGUCACUUGGUCCAGUGGUAGCACAAACGUUUAUAGAUUAGGUUACAAGGGCUGCGUUGAUCUUUGCUAUGUCGAAGAAGCCACAGCAGGUGCUUAUUACAAGGAGCAUUUACCACUUUUGGGACAACCGUCACCAACAGUUACUACAGUGAACGAUAAUAAUGCUGUCAAUGCUACAAAUCUUUCCAAUCCUCCUAGUCCUAGUCAUACAACUUUUGUAGUUGGAGAUAAAGUGAAAGUUUUGAUAAAUAUUGACACACUUAAGGGAAUGCAGGCUGGUCAUGGUGGGUGGAAUCCAAGGAUGGCUGAUUACAUCGGAAAGCUUGGCACGGUACACCGAAUUACGGACAAGGGUGACAUUCGAGUGCAAUACGAGGGUUGUAAUAAUCGCUGGACGUUCCACCCAGGUGCAUUAACUAAAAUUAUAUUACGUGAGAAUUUUAACGUUGGCGAUUUAGUUAGAAUAAAAUCAGAUGCCAAUGCGGUGAAGCACUAUCAAAGAGGUCACGGCGAGUGGAUAGACGUGAUGAAAGCGGCACUCGGAAAAACUGGUAAAGUAAUAAAAAUCUAUUCCGACGGCGACAUGAGAAUACAACUUGCUGGGCACACGUGGACGUUCAAUCCGUUAAGCGUUAAUCUCGUUCCGGCUGGUUCUGAGGCUGCCAACUCUUUUGUUGAAGCAAACAGAGAUGCAGCACAAGAGAACAACCGUGACUUAGAGGUAGAAAAAUUGCUUCGCGAUGCGGCUCGUGGUAAAGACGGUAUUCCCGCAAUCAAAGAGUUCCUACGGAAAUAUCCUGGUAAAGUAGACGCACGUGGUGGUCCUGGUGGUGGUCGGAAAACUUGUCUUCAAGUUGCCUCACAUCAGGGACAGAAACAAUUGUGCUUACUCUUGCUGGACGCUGGUGCUUCGCUUUUUGCGGUAGACGAGGAUGGUGAUACUCCGUUGCAUUAUGCUGCAUUUGGCAAUCAACCUGACGUAAUGGAGUUGUUAAUUCAACGUGGUGCAGCAAUCGACGCAAUAAACAACGGAAAGUGCAGCGCGUUACACGUAGCAGUAAACAAGCAACACUCGGAAUGUGUCAAGAUCCUUUUACGUUACAAUUGCAACGUAAACUUGCAAGACUCUUACGGUGACACAACGUUGCACGAUGCAAUUGGCAAAGAUGCCUUAGAUAUCGUAGAUGCUUUGUGUUCGUGCGAGAGGAUUGAUUUUGGGUUGAGAAACAAGAGAGGAUUCAAUGUUUUGCAUCACGCUGCACUCAAAGGCAACGUACACGCAAUGCAAAGGCUAGUAACCCGUGCUCGGCCGUUGGUGGACGUGAAAAAGGAAGACGGCUUCGCGGCUUUACACUUGGCCUCGUUGAAUGGACAUCGAGAGGUAGCGGCAAUUCUCCUCUCGCCAGCGGCGGGUCGUGCGCGUGUUGAUCUACAGAAUAAUCGCCGUCAGACACCUUUACACUUAGCUACCUCGCAAGGCAAAUGGAGUAUCGUCGAGCUGCUGAUCGGGCACAAUGCCGAUAUCACAAGUAUCGACGAGGAUGGCGAUACCGCUCUACACAUCGCUAUUAUCAAGUGCAAAUCACAAGGUAACAGUACACUCACCGCUGAAAACUCGAGAGAAUCACCACUUUUGUAUGCGAUAUGGCAAGAUUUGCAGCGGCAGAAUGCUAAAACAGAAUUGACACUUGUGUGUUUCCUGGUGAGCAACGACACGAACGGAACUGUCCUCGAGCAAACGCGCAACCAAAAGGGCAAAACUCCGAUGGAUUUGUUGACGGCGGACACCGAACUGGCACCGUUUGCCGAUCUUGUUAAAUCAUACCAGGAUCAGAGACGUCCGCAAAGAUCGAUUGCCGAACCGCCAAUUUUUCAGAUUGAAACGGUUGACGAUAGGAAACCACCCAAUCGUGACUGUACUAGUUGUCAUAGACUUCCUGGGGAGAACAUUUUGGGUGGCCCCGGUGGUAGUGUUGGUUGUAGCAACUGUUCGCAAUGUGAUUGCACUUUCAGCAAGUCGCAGAUGUAUCAAGACUCCCAGUUAAAUCGAGAGGAGUUAGAAAAAGAAGUCGAGCGAGAAAAAGCGAAAAACGGUUACCCUGACAAAUCAGAUCGCGAAAAAGACAAAGAUCUCGAGCGUCUACGCUACCUCGAAACUCGAAUUGCUGAUCUGGAGGAGGCUAACUUGUGUAGCAUCUGCAUGGAACGUCGUCGUAAUGUCGCCUUCCUUUGUGGUCAUGGUGCUUGUGAAAACUGCGCUGCUCCACUCAAGACGUGCCACAUGUGUCGCCAAACUAUCACCAAGAAAAUCAAUCUUUAUUAGAUACGCACAUUGA